AAUUAUAAUUAUAAUUAUAGUAAUAGGCUCUCUAGUUAGUGGUAGAGUUUCAACAGCAAAACAUUGAGUUAUGGAGCUAAACGUUGACGUUAUCUACGAUGUUGUAGAUGCUAGCAACAGCAGAGGAGAAAGAGAAACACAAGCCACUCAAUUACAGGAAAACAUAGCUUACAUUGCAAAUGACAUUUCUCUUUCUAUCGAAGAUAAUGGCCACAACAAUAUUAUGGUUGAAAACAAUGGGAGAGAAACGUUUGCAUCGAAAACUAACACAGCCUAUGCCUCGACUGAUUUUGAUGCCAACAGUGUUUUAGACAACAACAAGAGAAAAAGACAAGGCUUGGCUAAAAAUGCAUAUAAUAAACCGAAGUGGCUUCCAAUUCUUGCCGUCGUAGCUUUUGUUCUGUCUCUGUUGGUAGCUGUGGCUGCACUGGUGUACACCAAUAUAGAGUUGAAGAAUCAAAUGAGCAGUACCAAUAAGGAAGUACAGUCUAUGAGGGAACAACUGAACAACCAAUCCAGUCAACUCAGCAAUUCCAUCUUAGCUCUUUCAAGCAACAUUAAUGAAAUCGUUAUUCGAGACCUCAAUGACGUACAGUCCAUUAUUGCUGAGUUAGGUACAAUGGCAUUCUAUCCUGGAGCAAGAAUAGGAAACCCAGCUAGCUCUUGUAGUGACAUCCCUCAAGGCCUACCAUCUGGAGAAUACUGGAUUGCCACUGACAGUACUAGCUCUCCUGUUCAGGUCUACUGUGAUAUGAAUCGAACAAGCUGUAGCUGCAACACUAUAGGAGGAUGGAUGAGAGUAGCCAACCUUGACAUGACUGAUCCCAACCAAAACUGCCCAGAGGAAUUGAGAUUGAUAACUAGGUCACAACCACCAUUGCGUACUUGUGGCAGACAUGCACCGGGAUGUGUGUCUACUACCUAUUCAACGUAUGGGGUAAAGUAUUCGAAAGUUUGCGGUCGAAUAAUUGCAUUUCAAAACAGUUCACCGGAUGCUUUUGCUCCAUAUUUCUACAACAGAGAUUUAUCUAUUGAUGAUGGUUACGUUGAUGGUGUGAGCCUAACCCAUGGUCAGUCGUCUCGUCAGCACAUCUGGACAUUUGCUAAUGCACUUGAUGAAACUCCCUCCAAUAAUUUUGCGUGUCCCUGCACAAGAUCUGACCUGACCUACACUGGAGUUGUACCUCCCUUCAUUGGUCAAGACUACUUCUGUGAAACUGGAAGCCGAAAACAAUGGAGGUAUAUCUUCUACUCUGAUGAUCCACUCUGGGACGGUCAGGGAUGCGGGGCUACCAGUACUUGCUGUGAGUUCAACAACCCACCAUGGUUCUGCAAGCAACUCCCUCAACCAACUACAGACGAUAUUGAGCUGAGGAUUUGUGGUAAUGAAGACAUUAGCAAUGAAGACACAGCCAUUGAGCUAGUUGAGAUCUAUGUUCAUUGAAUCCGACGCUCAAGACUAUAAUUAUAGUAGAGCUGAUACCCUGGUACAUUACACGUUUUCUUUUAUAAUCUUACAUUUUAGCUUCUAAAAUCAUGCAGGUUAAUAGUUAUUUUACACCAUGUACAUGUAGCACGAUAUUAACCAUCAACAUACAAACAUGUUAUGAC